AUGUCGUCUAGUGGAGGUGCAUCUCUUCCGGGGAGCCAGGCUCGUGCGGUACAGGGUGUGAUGUGGACGAUGUCGAUGAUUCCAUUAGUAUUCGUUUUGAUGCGCUUGUAUGUACGGUUAUAUAUGCGAAGAGUUUCUGGCUGGGAUGACGGUAUUGCAAUCGCGGCAGUUUGUUGCCUGGUCGCAUACGCUGCUGUCUGUCAUGUCGCCGCUACUCUGGGCUUAGGAGAACAUCUCGAAAUCGUCCAGAAAACCCCCGAUAACCUCAUUCAUGUUGCGCUCUUGUGUAAUAUUGGCGAAAGUCUGGCAAUCAUGGCAUGCACCCUUGGCAAGACGUCCUUUGCCAUCACCUUGCUUCGAAUUGUGGUCCAGAGAUGGAUGGUUAUUGUGCUAUGGUUCGUGAUAGUUACAAUGAACAUUAUCAACAUCUUGGCUGCGCUUUUUGUCUUUCUGCAAUGCAAAGAUCCCCGGCAUUUGUGGAAUCCGAUGAUUCCAUCAGAGUGUUGGCCGUCGCAUGUCUUUACCAAUUUCUCUCUUUUUGUUGGUGCCUAUUCGGGAGCCCAAGACUUUGUCUUAGCACUGCUGCCGUGGACGAUUGUCUGGAAUUUGCAAAUGAGGAAGAAGGAAAAGUUUGGUGUGGCUGUUGCAAUGAGUCUUGGGAUCUUCGCAGGUGCAGCAUCCAUAGUCAAGACCAUCCAUCUCGUGGCUCUCUCAGCCAAAGCAGACUUCACAUGGGAACUUGCUCCCUUAUUAAUCUGGGCAGCCGUAGAAGAUGGUCUCGCCAUCACUGCUGCAUCCAUUCCUGCGCUCAAACCUCUCUUGACAAAGAUAUUUCCCAGCACAGCAUCGGACAAUUAUAACAUGAUCCCGUACCCACGUCUGCCUCCUAGCCACAAGGUCUUCGACAACUCCCAGGGUGAAACGCAGACAAACAUUGGGCAUACGACUGUUGACAACUUGGGAAGUCAAACGGCGAUCCUAGAACCCAUUUCUCCAAAGGGCGAAAAGAUCAACAUGACAACCGAGGUCUCAGUUACAUAUAAUGAUGGCUUAUAA